ACCGCGCCUCCUUCGUUUUUCCUUUUUAUUCUAUUUGUCUUGAAUAUGUUUCUGCGUUUGUUUUGGUCCGUUCUGAUCUUCAAAUGCCUCUGUUUCCGUGAGGAAUCCCGUCUUUUGCGGGCGGGCAUAAGGUGCGUUCCCUUUUUGUUGCGGUGGCUGGGGCUCGUGCUAAGGCUCCUGCUUCUUUUCCCUCUUUGGUUGCGAAUGGGAAGUCUCAAAAAUGAGUCGACUGCACGAUGGCCAGAAACCUUUCUUCCAUUUUGGCGGUCACUUGCGCAAGAUCCUUCCAAGUGGGUUCCGCACACCUGCCAAGUUUCGAACUUUGUUACAGAACUUUGAGGAAUCGUUGGACAGGAGACUGCAGAAUCUCAAACCGAAGAACAGGAGUGAUGUUCUCAAUAUUUCAUGGAUGACUCAGGCAAUAGAGUCUCUGUCUGAGACGCACAAUGAUGUCAAAUCGCUCAUAACAAAUCUUCAAUUUCCUUCCAGUGAUUGGGAUGAGAGCUGGAUGGAUUCAUAUUUGAACGACAGCUUGAAACUCCUGGACGUCUGCAUCUCACUGAGCUCUGAGGUCUCCAGACUUGAUCAGGGGCAGCUUCUGCUUCAGUAUGCCAUUCAUCUUUUGAAUGUUUCUGAUGGCCACCCACCAUCCGAUCAGCGGUUUCGAGCUCGUGAUUCCAUUUCAGAGUGGCUGCAGCAAGUUGGACCAAAGGGAUCAAAUCCAGUGACGCCAAGGAGUGCCAAACUGGAGCAUUGUCUUGAUAUAUUGCGUGAGCUUGUGAAUACGCUUUAUGCCCCAAAGAUCAAAACAUCUGCCAGGGGGAGGAUAUUGUUGCGGGCUAUGUACGGUGUGAAGGUUCAGACCAUAUUUGUUUGUGGUGUCUUUGUAGCAGCUUUCUCAAGGUCGGCAAAGGCAUUAGUGGAGUUGCAGGUGCCAGAGAAAUUUUUGUGGUCAUCAACCUUUAUGGAUGUCCAGAAUGACAUCAAUAGCGAAAUCAGGAGGUUGUUUGGGGAGGGCUCAUUGACUGUAUUGAAGGACGUAGAGGCCGUUGAUGGCCGUGCUAGAGAACUUUUGGCCUUGACUGAGAAUGCGUCAGAGGCUUUUAGUAGUGAAGAUGCUGAAAUGCUGAAGAACUGUGUAACGGAGUUGAAGGAGAAGGUAGAGAAUUUUGCUCAAGGACUAGACCUUCUUUCAAAGCAAGUCGAUGGGUUUUUCCAAGUUGUUUUGCAAGGCCGUGAUGCUCUGCUUUGCAACUUAAGGGUUUCAAGUGAGCAGCCGAAGUGAAGACGGUAGCAUGAUUGAUUUCUAUACUGCUUUGUGCAUCCUCGCCUACUUGAUCUUCCCUUUGCUUGAACUUGAAGUACUUAAGAAUAGUAAUCCUAGUAAACGAGUAGAAAUCUUGUUUGAUUGUAACAUGUCUAGUAUACGUGUGUGUGCGUGUUUGUGCCUGUGGUGAUGUGUGUAUAUAUGGUCCUAUAGUUAAUCAUUCAUGGUAUUAUGUAAUCAUUGUUCAAUGCCGAUGGUAUUAUGUAAUCAUUGUUCAAUGCCGAGUUUGUCAGAUGUCGGGCGAAGUUGUUUGUAUCGUCUGUCUUACAUUGUCUUUUCUUUGUCAAUAGAAAUCCAUGUUGCCGCUGAUUUUGCUUUCUCUAA